AAUGUUUACAAAACUCUUCUGGUUCAGUUGCAUCGUGGCCGCGGCCCUCGCAACCACUCCGCGGAUCGGCUUGCGCCUGCCGAGGUGGAAUCCCGCGGGCAGCAAUCCCAGCCGCAUCGUCGGCGGUAACGACGCGUCGCCGGGAGAGUUUCCUCACCAGGUCUCGUUGCAGUGGGGCCUGCCGCCGAUACUGCCUCUGUCGCACAUGUGCGGCGGUAGCAUCAUCAGCGAGAGCUGGAUCCUGACGGCGGCCCACUGCCCCAAGGGCGUGCCUUUCGGCAAUCUGUACGUGGUAGCCGGCAAAUACCUCAUCGGUUCUCGGGAGGCCACCGAGCAGAAGUCCGUCGUGAAGAAGAGCUACAUACAUCCCAAGUAUCCUGGAAACGUGGCGCCGUACGAUAUCGCUCUGCUGAAGCUGUCCACUCCGCUCAAGUUCAACGAGAAGGUGCAGCCGAUCGCACUUCCGAAAGCCGACGUCUACCCCGAGGGAGAGGUGACGCUGUCGGGUUGGGGCUCGACCUCCACCUCGCAGUUCCCGGUCAUGCCGGACAAAUUACAAAAGGCAGUCCUACCCGUUGUCGAUUUGGAAUCUUGCGAAAAGGCGAUUCAAACGAUGGAGCCGGGCAACUCUCCUCUGCACGAGACCAACGUGUGCACCGGGCCCCUAACCGGCGGAGUUUCGGCUUGCAGCGGUGACUCCGGCGGUCCACUGAUAAAGAUCGGCAAGGACGCCAAGCCCGAAGUGAUCGGUAUCGUCUCGUGGGGCUUCAUUCCCUGCGGUUCCGAGGGCGCGCCCUCCGUCUAUACCAGAACUUCGGCCCACAUCGACUGGAUCAAGUCGGUCAUCGGCGAGAGCUAAUUCAAUUAUCAUCGAAAAACUAAUUUUUUUUACCACAAUAAAUGUCUUGAAACUGA